AUGACUGUAAGAUGGUUAUUGGUUCAGAUUUUAGCACUUUGUGCUUUCUGUCAUGCUGUACCACCGUGGAGUAUUCUUUCCCAGAAUUGUCAAACACUGAUGAUCCAAAAUACUGACCAGGCAGUGACUGUCCAGUGUAUUCGAGAUGGUCAGUUUGUGGUAGUGGUCGCUAGAGAUGUUACUGUGCCUCAACUGAGUCUGGAUUCGGUUCGUCUACUGGGUGGAAGUGACCCACCUUGUGCUCCUGUGGAUUCCACACCUUCCUUUGCUAUAUACCAGUUCCCUGUGACCGCAUGUGGCACGAGUAUGAUGGAGGACAGUGGAUAUGUGGUGUAUGAGAACAGAAUGACCUCCUCAUACGAAGUUGGCGUUGGACCACUUGGAUCCAUCACGAGGGACAGUCACUUUGAGCUUCUCUUCCAGUGCAGAUACUCUGCAACAUCUGUGGAAGCUCUGGUUGUGGAGGUCAACUCUGUUCCUCCACCUCCACCAGUAGCUGCUCCUGGACCUCUCAGGGUGGAGCUCAGACUGGCCAAUGGCCAGUGUGUCACCAAGGGCUGUGCUGAAGUGACGCUGAUUAUCCCGUCACACAAAAGUCCCAUGGAGCCCGUGUAUGUUGAGGUGCACAUUAUGGAGAGGACAGACCCCAACAUUGUCCUGAUGCUGGGACAUUGCUGGGCGACCUCCACCUCCAGUCCACUCAGUCUGCCCCAGUGGGACCUUCUGAUUGAUGGAUGCCCUUACCAGGAUGACCGUUAUCUGACCACAUUGGUUCCAGUAACUGGAUCAUCUGGUGUGCAGUUCCCGACCCACUACAAGCGCUUUGUUGUGAAGAUGUUUACGUUUGUAGAUCCAACCUCACUGGCUCCUCUGCAGGAAACGAUCUUCAUCCACUGCAGUACAGAGGUGUGCCAUCCGUCUUCUGGCUCUUGUGAGCAAAGCUGCACCAGGAAACACAGUGCAGUUGUGCUAGAGUUGGCCAUGAAAAACUUGCGUCUCCAGUCCCAGGACAGGAUAUGGCUGUUGGUUGAGAUUCUAGCACUUUGUACUCUCUGUCAUGCUGUUCCUCAGUGGAGUAAUCUGCCCCAGAGUCCUCAGAACAUUCAGCAGCUGGUUCAACAACAGCCACCCAGCCAGAAGGUUCAGCAGCCACAACAACAGCCACCCAGCCAGUGGCCCAGCCAGUGGGUUAAGCAGCCGGUUCAACAGCAGCCACCCAGCCAGUGGGUUAAGCAGCCGGUUCAACAACAGCCACCCAGCCAGCAGGCUAAGCAGCCGGUUCAACAGCAGCCACCCAGCCAGCAGGCUAAGCAGCCGGUUAAACAGCAGCCACCCAGCCAGCAGGCUAAGCAGCCGGUUCAACAGCAGCCACCCAGCCAGUGGGUUAAGCAGCCGGUUCAACAGCAGCCAGUUCAACAGCAGCCACCCAGCCAGUGGGUUAAGCAGCCAGUUCAACAGCAGCCACCCAGCCAGUGGGUUAAGCAGCCGGUUCAACAGCAGCCACCCAGCCAGCUGGUUCAACAACCUAACCAGCAGUUUCCCCUUCAGAAGCCAGUGGCACAGACGGAGCCCAUUGAUAAGUGUACUGUAGCUGAUUAUGAUCAGAUCCCAUGUGGACAACCUGGGAUCAGUGGUGCUGAGUGUAAUGCUAUCAACUGCUGCUUUGAUGGGCAGCAAUGCUUCUAUGGAAGGGCAGUGACUGUCCAGUGUAUUCGAGAUGGUCAGUUUGUGGUAGUGGUCGCUAGAGAUGUUACUGUGCCUCAACUGAGUCUGGAUUCGGUUCGUCUACUGGGUGGAAGUGACCCGCCUUGCGCUCCUGUGGAUUCCACACCUUCCUUUGCUAUAUACCAGUUCCCUGUGACCGCAUGUGGCACGAGCAUGAUGGAGGACAGUGGAUAUGUGGUGUAUGAGAACAGAAUGACCUCCUCAUACGAAGUUGGCGUUGGACCACUUGGAUCCAUCACGAGGGACAGUCACUUUGAGCUUCUCUUCCAGUGCAGAUACUCUGGAACAUCUGUGGAAGCUCUGGUUGUGGAGGUCAACUCUGUUCCUCCACCUCCACCAGUAGCUGCUCCUGGACCUCUCAGGGUGGAGCUCAGACUGGCCAAUGGCCAGUGUGUCACCAAGGGCUGUGCUGAAGGGGAUGAGGCCUACACGUCCUACUACAGUGACGCUGAUUAUCCCGUCACAAAAGUCCUGCGGGAGCCUGUGUAUGUUGAAGUGCACAUUAUGGAGAGGACUGACCCCAACAUUGUCCUGAUGCUGGGACAUUGCUGGGCGACCUCCACCUCCAGUCCACUCAGUCUGCCCCAGUGGGACCUUCUGAUUGAUGGAUGCCCUUACCAGGAUGACCGUUAUCUGACCACAUUGGUUCCAGUAACUGGAUCAUCUGGUGUGCAGUUCCCGACCCACUACAAGCGCUUUGUUGUGAAGAUGUUUACGUUUGUAGAUCCAACCUCACUGGCUCCUCUGCAGGAAACGAUCUUCAUCCACUGCAGUACAGAGGUGUGCCAUCCGUCUUCUGGCUCUUGUGAGCAAAGCUGCACCAGGAAACGAAGAGCUACUCCUAUCCAGGCCAUCUUUGGUGAACCAACUGUGGUUUCUAGUGGACAAGUUACUCUAGUCAUGUAAAUCUAGUUUUUUAAUAAACCUUUUGUGGAUCAAAA